AUGAACAUUGACAAGACCCUUUAUCACUUAGGUUCUUGUGUUAGUUUGUUGCCCCUAUCUAUCUAUCAAAAGUUAAAUGUUGGAGAACUGAAACCGACUAUAAUUUCAUUACAACUAGCAAACAGAUCUGUUAAGUAUUUAAUAGGAAUCCUAGAGAACAUCCCCAUAAGGGUCAGUAAAUUCUUUAUACUAAUCGACUUUGUUGUUUUAGAGAUGGAGGAGGAUGUUCAAAUUCCGAUAAUCUUGGGAAGACCUUUCUUAGAAACUACCAGAGCUAUCAUAGAUGUCAAAAAUAAGCGGUUAACUCUCAAAGUGGGUGAAGAAGAAGUUGAUUUCAAAAUGUUUCACGCCAUGAAACAAAAGCAAGACAUGUACAUGUGUCUAAGGAUUGAUAUAAUUGAUGAGCUAGUUAAAGAGGAGUUCAACAAGAGAUAUCUAAAAGACCCUCUAGAAACUUGUGUUGUGCACAGUGCACCACAUAAGAUGAAAACAAAGAACUUACAGCAGUCAAACAAUCACUAG